UUGGCGAAAAUACCGUAAAAUUGUGAAAUCUCGAGAUUGCACUUGCCGUUUUCUUCGCUUUCAGGAAUAUUUUUUAAGGAAGAAAAUUUAAAUCCGUCAAUAACAGGAUGUUUAACAGAGAUUUGAGAUUCAGCCAUGCUAUCAUAUCGCGAUAUUACACAGGUUGGAGUCUCUCCACUAGAGAAGACGUUUUCAUAUAGAGGAAACAAAACGUUACAGAAACUAAGGUUACAGAGCGUUACUACGGUUACAGAGCGUUACUAACGUUACUAAGGUCACAGAACGUUACCGCAUCGUUUGAUCUUGACACAUAAAACGGUUCGAUUUUCCGUUAUAAACCCGGAAGUAGUAAAAGUGUGCCAUAGAUAGUCGGACUGUAACUACAUUGUACUUACUCUAUUUCUUUAUUAUAAUUCGUUAAAUUGAACUUGAAGAAUAAUCAUGAAAAAUACAACUAUUACCCCCCCGCCCCCCCUCCUCUAAUGACGUCAGAUUCAUUCCCACAAUGCCCAGUAACACGCAGGCGCACUGGGGGAAAAAAAUAUAAGACAGCUAUCUGUGAUCAGAGAUGGCGGGCGCCUCCGACCCCCUGGAAGAUAUGCUCUUUUCAGAGGUGGAUGAAAAAGCUGUGAUCGACCUAGUGGGCUCAUUGGAGUCACAGCUUGCUGGCCAAAGCAACCCAGCAGGGAAAACAGACGAAAACGGAGCCGCUAGCUCAGUGGCCCCCGCUAACCAUCACUUAGGAAAAACGCUACCAGCUCCAGUGGGCACCACAACACUAGAACAACAACAACAAGGACGGCGUAAUAAACCUGAGAUGCGCCAGGAGAUCAACUCUAAAGACGUUAGCCCGGAAAAAACUGUCACAUCUCCCUCCCUGGGCUGUACCCCUGCCUUUGGCGAGCCCUCCACCACUUCGGCUGCCGGUGUGAACGCCACCAGCAGCGGCUCGCAAUCACAUGGAGCAUCCAUCACAACACUGACUGCAUCUGGUGGGUCAACUUUGGCAUCUUCGCCAGCCAGCAUCAGCACCACAUCCAGCCGAGAGUCUAAGGUUACCCCGGGCACAGGUGAGACGUCGGCGGAAACUAGCCCGCCGAGAAAACGCACAACCACACCGCGGAGGAGCGCUUCGGCUCGGAUCAAGAGUUUGAACGGCGCUGCUGUAACGACGAGGAGGAACAGCAACACAGCGGUGGCUGAUAACGUUAGCCCGGUGGAUACCACCGCAACUACACCUAACUCUACCCGACCGGUGACAUCCUCUAUCAACACUUCGACUUUCACCUUAUCUAACGCUAACCUCCCGGUUGGUCAGUCGGCUAUUGCGCUCGACCGGGGGACCCCUACCAUCGCUUUGCACAGACUCCCGAGUCAUAUUGUCGCGAGCAUAGCCCAGAACGGCAGCGGGACCAGUGUGUCGGCCUUGGUCCAGCAGGGCACUCGUGUAGGACCCAUCACCUCUUCAGCCCCACAGGGGAACCACAGCAAAACGGUCACAGACACUGGAGCGUCCAAAACAGACGAUUGUCAGUCCAAAAUUGUAAUGUCAAGCCAGUCUGGUAGUGUGAACUCUGUAAUAAACACUGUUCCCCCUGCGCCUUCUGUUGUCACACCACCAACAACAACAACAACAACUACAGCAGCAGCAGCAGCAGCAGCUACAACAACCACAACAGUCACCCAGCCUUUGAGCUGUGCCACUGCUGCUGCUUGUGUUACAGGGGUGGCAACAAGUUCUGCGUGUGGAACUGGUCAAACUACAUCAGUGACUACCACUCUUAGCAUGGUCAGGCCCACAGCCCCUUCUCCAACACCGGCUGUGGCCACCUCCGCACAGUCUCAACCCCGUCCUGGACUUACAGCACCUCAAAGGAUCGUAGCCCCCCAGCUGAUUGUCAGACCACCUCAACAGCAGACGACCAUUCAGCUGCCCCCUGGGUUUACCAUCCCACAGGGGAUGGUGUUGGUACGAACAGAGUUGGGCCAGCUAGUGAUGGUUCCUCAGCAGGCUUUAGCUCAAGCUCAGGCUCAAGCUCAAGCUCAGGCCCAGAACAACAUCUCUCCACGACCUGCCACCCCGACAACAGGAGCAUCAUUCAGAGUAACAACUCCACAGUCUCCUGUGACCUCUCAGACCACCAGGCAGUGUCCUCUGACCCCAGCCAAGAUGGUACCGUCUGCCUCUCCCACUCCUUCCAGUCCUGCCCUGCAGACUUCCUCCUCUUCCUCUUCCUCCUCCUCCUCUUCCUGUCCUGCACUCCGCCCAAAGGGCCCCGUGGCACCGGCCGUGGCUGUGACGGCUCCGCAGCAGACCCCUGUGGUUAUGCCCCCCCAGGCCCCGGUCCAGGCUGCCUCCCAGCCAGUGCAGCCUCCACAGACGGGCAUCGCCACGGCCCCCGGAGGUCCUGUCGUGUCCCAGGAAAUGCAAGAGAAUGUCAAGAAAUGUAAGAAUUUCCUGGCCACACUUAUCAAGCUGGCGUCUCACAAUUCUCCGUCCCCCGAGACUUCCAAGAACGUCAAGGCUCUGGUUCAGGACCUGCUGGAUGCCAAGAUUGAACCGGAGGAGUUCACCAGCCGGCUGCAGACUGAGCUUAAGUCGUCUCCGCAGCCUUACCUGGUGCCCUUUCUCAAGAAGAGCCUCCCGGCCCUGAGGCUGUCUUUGCUGAAUAGUCAGCAGUCCCUGACCCAGCCCCCGCAGCAGGGAGUCAAACCUGCACCCGGCGGCAACCCCCCUGCCAUCGUAGCUGGGCCAGCUGUCCACAUACGCCACCCUAACAGCGUCAGCACCACUGCGGGUGCCAGUGCACUGCCCGCAGGGACAAUCGGACAUGCAGCUGCCAUGGGUAUGAAGACAGCAGGCACUGUCAGUGGCCAGGUCCGGAUGCCCAUGGUGAUCACACAGUCAGUCAGAGCACAAGGCACAAUGGGGAAGGGAGCCAUCAUCCAAGCAGGCAAAAGUCCCGUGGCUGUUCAGAUCUCUGGGAAUCAGAAAAACAAGCUCAAUGACCCAGGAGGAGGCUCUUUCAGAGAUGAUGAUGACAUCAAUGACGUGGCCUCCAUGGCUGGGGUGAACCUGAACGAGGAGAGCGCGAGAAUACUUGCCACCAACUCUGAACUAGUGGGAACGCAGAUCCGGUCAUGUAAAGACGAGGCCUUUCUACAGCCGGGACUGCUCCACCGACGAAUAUUGGAAACAGCUAAGAAGUUUGGAGUCACAGAGGUCCCUAUGGAGGCAGUGACAUUCAUCUCGCACGCCACCCAGUCACGACUUCGUACUGUGGUAGAAAAGGUUUCUACUAUCGCACAGCACCGACUGGACUCCUGUAAGGAUGAUGAGUGCUAUGAGCAGAAUGCAGACGUUCGCUCUCAGCUUCGCUUCUUCGAGCAGCUGGAGAGAAUCGAGAAGCAGAGGAAGGACGAGCAGGAGAGAGAGAUCCUGUUGAAAGCCGCUAAAAGUCGCUCCAGGCAAGAGGACCCAGAGCAAGCUCGACUGAAACAGAAAGCUAAGGAGCCUCUUCAUCUUCAGCACCAGUUUGAUUUUUGACUUCCUUGAACCCCUUUUCUGACAGAUGGGCUAUCAGGGGAAGGAUAUGAGUCAUAAUUGUAGUCACUUUUGUAGGUUUAUUCUGUAUUCAUUUCCAAAUCUCAAUCCUUCUUUAAAUUAUGAUAUUUGAUAAUGCAAUUUUGUUGUUGUCACAAAACGUGUUAUCGUACUUAUCAUGGUGUAGCUCAAAAGAUGGUAAAAAAAACAACAUUUUCUUUUUAUUUCUUUUUGGAAAGAGUCAAAUUGCAGCAAUAGUUCAGUAAGAACAUAAAAAGAAAAACUGAAUAGGGAAUGACAGUUUCAGAUGUACCAGUCCAUGCUUUAUAUUAACUUCUGCUACAAGAGAGUUAUUUCCGCCUUCAAGUAAUGGGCCAAGGCAUAACACGUAGGGUUACAAAUUGGGAAAUGUUUGACUGAUGUAAAGCAGUACGUUGCUAUAUCCUCCUUAUUUUAAGUGCAGGUCUUGUAUAUGGUAAAAUUCCCAGUGGACCCCGGAAAGUAGACCACUCUUCUUUUUAGUGGUACGUUAAUGUUGUUUACGCAAACGAUAUACUUCUGUUACAGCGGAAGUUUGCAUUUGUUUUUUUCUUUGUUUACUCCAGAAUAACUUCACUAGGUGUUUUCAGUCCUUGGCUCGCUAACAAGGAUCAAGAGGAUUGCGUGGAGCUUCCAUAGAGUAGUCUGAGUAUGCAGGAGGAUAAAACAAGCACCAUUCACCUGUUGUUGUUGUUGAUGUAGAACUUAAGAAGCAGAUGUGGUUUCUUCUAAGACACUUGUUCUUUUAAAAAAAGUCUUUCAUUCAUCCAGGUAAACUUUACUGAGCACGUAUGCACUUUUCUCACUAACCCCUAAUUUAUUCUUAUACAGUUCUACAAUUUUCCACCUGACAGCUUCCCAGUGCAACCACUGUCUUUUAAUGUUGGCCACUCAGCCAUUUAUAUUUAGGGGUAACUGCAAAUGCCUUGCUCCAGGGCAACUCAGUGUUGUUGUCUGGCCAAAGAAUUUAAUCUUUAGGAUUUUCUUAGUGAGUCUGUGGUGUUGAACUUGUGACCUUCAAGUGACAAGUGGACUUCUGUUACCUCUGGCUUCUGGCAGCGCUCUGUCUUUUUUCUGCGUCUCUCCUGGACAUUUCUUUCUAGCAACAUUGAGCCCUGCUGCAGUUUAGAACAUUCACUCUAGAUCUCAGCCUACCCAUAAGCCCCACAUAUGCAAAUGAAGCAGCGUAAUAGGCAGUGCGAUAGGUUUGCCCCAGGGGCCAUGUGAUCAAAGUGGAUCUCCUCCCUGUUAAGUGGCAGUCCGCUCGUCAUCUGGAUACAGCCAGAUUAGUGCCUCGUGAGGAGACGCCGGGCGCACGUAUGCACAUUUUCAUUUUCAUCUGGAAUUUUAAGAAGGUGGUUUGGAAAUUGUUACUUUAUGUAAUGCUUUCUCCCGAGAGACGAGGAAGACUCCCAGCCCCCCAACUACACACACACACUACACCCCUCUUCUACCCUCCCUCACCUCUUUCUCUUUUGCUUAAUGGCCGUCGUUUCUCAGCCCCCGUGCCUCUCCGGUUUUCAUCACCUGAGCUGGCUGUUUGUGUCACUGCAGAGUCUGUCGGCAGCUCACACAUCUGUGCAAAUUUCAUCAGGAUAAUGAGCCUGAGCUACUCUUCCAGGCGAUGGGCAUAGGAGCCAGCCUCUCUUUAAGCCCGUCUCCUUGCUCACGCACACACACGCACACUAAACAACCACCACCACCAAACAAUCAUCAUUUCGGAGAGAUGGAAUUACAACUUGUUAUAUACUUUAGUUUAACCAAGUGUUGGCGUGUAAAUUGAGCUGGCACAUGAUUUGCUUUUAAAAAAGGCAGACGCUGUGUGUUGUGAAACUACUACUGCAGACCUGAGUCCAGUGACCAGGUAUAAACCCAUGAUCAACAAAUAAAUAUGGUAUAGUAUGAAGGGUCAAGCUUAAGUUGAAUGUCAAGUCGUCAAUUAGAUUAACGUACACCAAAAUUGCAAAAGGGCUUUACAAUCUGUAAACAUGCAAAAGCUACUUUCUUAGACCCUUUAUUUAGAGUAAAAACUCCUCAAGAAACUGGGAGAAACCUCAGGAAGAGCAACAGAGAAGGGAGCCCUCUACCAACGUGUAUCUAGGAUCCUUCGUCACACCCAGGUUGUUGUAGUAGGUGAAAGUGUUUUUGUCCAACAAAGUGAUUUCACUUGCACCUUGUAGAUCCACACAGGCCACAUAGCAGGUGCUUCAAUGGCUACAGUUAACUAGCAUUGCUCACAGUCUCUGCUUUAGCCUAAUGUCAUCACAGAAUUAUUAGUUCUCACCUUUUCACAGUCCAUAAACGUUAACAUGGUGGCAAUAAAGGCAGAUUAGUGAAAAAUACAAAAUAAAAGUUUAGAUUAAACCUCACAAUCUAAAAUGUGUUGUUCAGGCUCCACCACCGUCCUACAUGGAUUUCUGAGCCUGUUGUUCAGUCUGUACAACUCACACUUAAACUCUGAAAAUAUCUUGACCACCAUUGGCCACACUGCCAUGAAUUUGGCGUUCAUGUUCCUCAGAGGAUAAAUCAUGAUGCUUUUGUAAUUCCUUGAUAUUUCCUUUAGCGCUACUAUCAGGCCAAAAGGUUUACUUGUAAACAAGAAAUAUCAGGAGCUAAUUGGCUGAUUGCCAUGACAUUCACUGAGCACAUUCAUGCUCCCCAGCAGAUCAAACCAUUCUAUUGUGGACAAUCCACAAUAGGGGGCUUGUGCUACCCUCAGGCCAAAACUCUGGACACAGCAUAUCUCACAAUAUUACAGGCAAAUGAAGUUGCCAUGAACUUUAAAGCAGAUUUAUGCUCCCAAGGGGAUAACACAUUUGGUUUUUAAUGAUUCCUGUAGAAAUGGUCUCUGGAUAAAGUAUGACAUUAGGCCCAAAAAUACCAAAAUCAAUGGUACUAUAGUUUUGUAUUGAGGGGUAAUGACCAUUCUAGGCUAGGUAUUACUGGCAGGGCUUUGGGAUUUUGGUCUUGUACAUUUAUGUAGCUGGGCCUCUAAUUGUGUAUUUGCACCAGCAAUCUAACCCACAACCAUGUCACCAGGAGAGCAGGCUGUUCAGACAGAGUUUUUGCGUGAGAGGGAGGCAAAGCGGUCUAGCGCUUCUGUUUCCUCCAUUCACUACCAUUUGGCCGAAAGGUCAGAUGGGCUAUUUCAGAAAUGCCCCCAGUGAAAAUCAAUGGGCAAAUCGUGGAGCUCAGUUCCUGUUUGUUGUUGUUGUUGGUGGUGGGUCUGUGUGCUCUGUCUGUUCCAUCACUGAGGCAGGAGGCCAGGCAAUGCCUAGUCAUUGAGAGUGAGAGAAUGAGAGAGAGAGAGGAAAGGAGACAGAGAGACAGAGACAAAGAGACGGAGAGCAAAGGAGACUUGGGGGGGAGAAAGAGAGGGGAGGCAGAGAGAGAUAGAGAGGGAGUUAAGGCCAGUAGAGAUACAUCACGAUGUCAGACACACAGACACACUGCAGCCACAGAUUCAUCAUCGCAACCGCGUCUGCAGGCACAACUGGACACAGGAAACGAGUGAACUGGAGAAGAGGAGUGGAGCAAGGACAGGAGAAGAGAGACGAGGGAAGAGGGGAAAGAUAAAUUGGCUACCACAGCUGGCCAAAAUCUGGCCAAAAGCUCCUGUUAGGACCUGUUCAGCUGCUAAAGCAAACCAUGUUAUGCCAAGAACACAAAUAUUUCCACUGUAUAGCAUUGUUAAAAUAAGUUUGUUAAGGACCCAGCCAUCAUAAACUAUUGCUUUUUUUCCAAUUGUUCCUCACAGCAAGACUCCACUUAUUGCUUAGAGUGAUUCCAAGGGACUUGAAACUUGAGAUGACCAAUAGGAAUCUCGAAGGUUUUUGUUUGAAUAGUUUUCCUCAAAUAUUUUUCUUCUUCAGGCAUUCAGAGAUUUUUCUUUGCCCAUUUUGAUGCACCAGCAUUGCUUGAAAUGUCUUGAAUCCUACCAAAUUAAUUCCGCCCUAGCUCAACUUUGAACCUCACAUUGCUCCAAUUAAAAGCCUGCAGUUAUACAACCUACUACACAUCCUCUGCUUUACUAAAAAAUAUAUGUCCGAAUCUAUGAGUCGUAUAAGAUUAAUACUCAUGUGACAUAUGCAUAACCAUGGUCAGAUUUAGCAUAUUUUGCCUCAUUACUCACAUAAUAAAGAAUUGUUCACAUUAA